ACAGCUGCCUGGCUGAACUGGGACAGUCAGAGCCCAGGAUAAUGGCUGCGACGCAGGCCCUCGGGAGUUCCAGCGCCGGGCAGACCUGCGUGCUCAUCCUGAUCUUCACCGUGCUCCUGCAGGCGCUCUGUGUGGCCGUGACGUAUGUGUACUUCACAAACGAGCUGAAGCAGAUGCAGGACAAGUACUACAAAAGUGGCAUUGCUUGUUUCUUAAGGGAAGAUGACGGGUUUGGGGACCCGAAUGACGAAGAGAAUAUAAACAACCCCUGCUGGCAAGCCAGGUUUCAACUACGUCAGCUUGUUAGAAAGAUGAUUUUGAAAACCUAUGAGGAAACCAUUCCUACAACUCAAGAAAGGCAACAAUUUAUUUCUUCCGUAGUAAGAGACAGUGGUUCUCUGAGAGUAGCAGCUCACAUAACUGGGACCAGACGAAGAAGCAGCACCUUCCCUCUUCCACGCCCCAAGAAUGAAAAGGCUUUGGGCCAGAAAAUAAACUCCUGGGAGUCAUCAAGGAAAGGACUUUCAUUCCUGAAAAAUUUGCACUUGAGGAAUGGAGAGCUGAUUAUCCACCAAACAGGGUUUUAUUACAUCUAUUCCCAAACAUACUUUCGAUUUCAGGAAACUGAGGAAAUUGUGGGAACAAUUUCAGAAGAGAACAGAAAGAAAAACAAACAAAUGGUACAAUAUAUUUACAAAUACACAAGUUAUCCUGACCCGAUACUGCUGAUGAAAAGUGCUAGAAAUAGUUGUUGGUCUAAAGAUUCAGAGUAUGGACUCUAUUCCAUCUAUCAAGGGGGAAUAUUUGAGCUUAAGGAAAAUGACAGAAUUUUUGUUUCUGUAACUAAUGAGAAAUUGAUAGACAUGGACCAAGAAGCCAGUUUUUUCGGGGCCUUUUUAGUUGGCUAAGUGAUCUGCAAAGAAAAAGCAACAACUUCAAAGUGACCCUUUUUCAGGAUAAUAUGAAGAUGUUCCAACAAAUCUGACCCAAAGAA